UGGUGGUGAUAUUUCUAAAUUGGUGUGAUUGAAUCGGCAUUCGAUAUAUCAAAUUAAUAAUGAAGAAAUCGUUGAAAAUUUUUUUUCAAGCUUGCGAUGGUAUUGGUCAUAUAAAUGCCUGUAUUGGCCUUGCACAAGCGCUUGCCAAUCGUGGUCAUCGAAUCACAUUUCUUAAUAAUCGAAAUUUUAUCGGAACUUUUCUAAAAUAUGGUUUCGAUGAAAUCAUUCUUGAUGAUGGUGGUGAUGAAAAUAACGUUGAUGAUCGUGUUAAAUCACAUCCAAUCGAAUCUGUUCCCGUUACACAAUCAUUUGUCGAAUCAGGUUUCCUGUCCGCUAAAUCAUCAUAUGAUCAACUAGAUCUUUUCGAUCGACAUAAAAACGAAAAUCUAUUCUGCAAGUUAAUUUAUGAUGAUUUCAAAAAAGUUCAUGAACAUAUGGCUAAUGUUCUAAAAACUGAACAGCCGGAUUUAAUUGUCAUUGACAAUUCAUUAAUACCUCCGUGCAUAGUAUAUGGUCAAAUUCCAUUUAUUUAUUCUUGGAGUGCGAAUCCAUUGAUGAUGUUUCGUUCAGAUAAAUUGCCACCAAUGAUGUCUGGCUUCCCAACAAAUGAUAGCACUACUUGGUCAAAAUAUUCAGAGAAAUUAAACAAUACCGCCAUAUCUAGCAUAAAAUACUAUCAGAAUUUACUGAAUAAAGACUUGGGUUAUCCCGAAUUUGAAGAUGAUAAAUUUUGGUCAGCCGAACUGAUCAUUUAUGGUUAUCCCGAAGAAUUAGAUUAUACUGACAUUGUACCAAUGCCUGAAAAUUGCAUACGUAUCGAUGCAUUUUGUCGUAUGGAAAACAAAUCUUCACAGCCAUUAUUCGAAUUACCAGAUGAAUUUAAAAAUCAAAUUCAUCCUGAAGAUAAAUUGAUUUACAUCUCAUUAGGAUCGUUCGGCAGUUCCAAUAUUGAAUUGAUGAAAAAAAUUAUUAAUGCAUUGUCUCAAACUUCACACAAAUACAUUGUAUCAAAAGGACAAUUUCAUGAACAAUUCGAUCUAGCAACAAAUAUGUGGGGACAACCUUAUUUACCGCAAACACAAAUUCUUCCUAUGGUUGAUAUGGUAAUCACACAUGGUGGUAAUAAUACAGUUACUGAAACAUUUUCAUUUGGUAAACCUAUGCUGGUUAUACCAUUGGUUGCUGAUCAACAUGAUAAUGCACAACGUAUUCAGGAAAAAGGUUAUGGUUAUCGUUUGAAUCAACAUAAUUUCACUGCCGAUGAACUCAUACAAUUAGUUAAUAAAAUUAUCAACGACAAUGAAAUGAUUGAAAAAUGUAGAAAAGCUGGUGAACGCAUACGUAAUGAUAGUGAUUCAAAAAUGAAAGCCUGCGAACGAAUCGAACAAUUUGUCGAGCAGAAAAAAGCAAUGAUGAUGAAUAAAUAAAAAUAUUAUUGUAUAUCCUAUUCCAAACAAUAAAUGAAAUGAAAACAAUUUCUCCAAAAGUCAAUAAAAUUUUCUCUCCAGUCAUCAAUCUAGCGAAACGUUGAAU